GACGGGGAUUGGGCGAUGCUGCCACCCGGGGCGGGGCUGGUGGACGGUGCGGGAGAGAUGGCUGAGGCAGGCGGCCUGGUACAGUACGUGGUAGUGCGUGGCGACUUGCGCGCCCUGGGGUGGACGCUUGGGGCCUUGGUGGCCCAGGCCUGUCAUGGCAGCGUGGCCGCUAUCCAACUGUUCCGUGAUGACCCCGACACACAGGCCUACCUGCAGCAGCUCGACAGCAUGACUACCGUGGUCUUGGAGGCCCCUGAUGAGGGGACUCUCACCAGACUCUCCCAAACGCUGACGGAGGCUACAGUUGUUCAUAAACUGUGGAUUGAACAGCCAGAGAACACUGCCACUUGUCUGGCCUUGAAACCCUACCCAAAGGAACAGGUCCAGAAGCUGCUAAAAAAACUAAAGCUGUUGAAAUGACCAUGGAGGAGAGGGCAUUAGAUCCUGUCUCAUCACAGCUCCCUCGGCUCAGUCGGUGCUGUGUGAAACUGACUGUACUUCUGAUAAUAAGCAUCAUCACUUCAGGAACUUGGGUUUUCCAAGUAGAUGUAUAUCAAGGAAGAUUCAUUUUCUUGUGGGCAUUCAUAGUAAAUAUUCCAAAGCGCAAUAGAAUGAAUGAAAGACCGCGCACAAAGACAAACAACCAAUGUAAGAAUGUAAAAAAGAAUAAACCAAAUGAUGAUGAAUAAAUAAGUAUUGAACAUGGAGAACGAGUCCUUGAAAUUGACUCCAUAGAUGCUGAUAUUUGCCGCCAAGAUGGUCAGUGGCCGAGUGUGAGAGAGAACCUCCAUACUCCACCUUCCUCACUAAUCAUCCUCGGAGGAGAUUAGGUACAGGUUUACCCCACCAUCCGAAGGUAGAGCGUUCCUAUGAAAUGGUUCAUAAGCCGGAAUGUCGUAAAGUGAAUAAGCAAUUACCAUUUAUUUAUAUGGGAAAAAGUUUUGAGUCUUCCCAGACCCAAAAAAACCCUACAAAAUCAUGCCAAAUAACACACAAAACCUAAGAUAACAGUAACAUAUAGUAAAAGCAGGAAUGAUAUGAUAAAUACACAGCCUAAAUAAAGUAGAAAUACUUUUCUGCAGCACUGUCUAGCACAGUGAAAAUCUCGUAGAAGUGCUCUCGGCAGAAACACGGUGCAAGCGCUCUUGGCAGAAACACUCUCUCCAGUAACCUUUAAGCUAUGAAGCUGCCAAAUCAUACCAAAUAACACAUAAAAAUACACAGCCUAUAUAAAGUAGAAAUAAUGUAUGUACAGUGUAGUUUCACUUACCGGAAUCAGGAAGACUCCAAUAAAUUGCAGUUUCGUCACAGUUAAACACUUGCUUAUACGAAUAACCACCUGACGCAAUCGGCAAUUGCCUCUGAUCUGUGCUGACAUUUGCGUGCCAGGCGGCACCUAAUUAAUUAGCUUGUUUAUUUCGACUUUUUUCUUAAAGAUGUGCUGGGUGCGUUCCGACUACCACUGCACCACUGCAUUCUUCGCGGCCUGGAGGUUGGGGACCACUGCUUAAACUAUGAUGCUGCCCUCGCCUCAGAAACCAAUCAAACCACCCAUGACUACCUUUAAGUUCCAUUUUCAUCACCAUCAUCCAGUGCUUUCUGUUUCAGCUUAUUAAAAAGACUGACUGAUUUCUCCUUAAGUAUAAGAAAACUUAACGGAACACCAUGCUUUGUACACCCAUCAAUCCACUCAAGCAAUAGACUUUCCAUUUUAUCCAUUAUUGGAUGCCGACUAAGAGAGACCACUUUGCUACGAACAGAACCAACAGUAACAUCGGCAGCUUUCAAAAUUCUUUCUCUCCGCAUAUAAAUAGUGCGAAUGGUGGACACAAGCAAGUUCAACGCGUGGACAAUGUCCUUACUUCAUUCACCACGAUCGAAACGCUUUAUUAUGUCUAGUUUUAUGCUAAGUGUCACACCCUUACGAGCUCUUUCAGGCUUUUCCAAUACCUUAGAACUCAUCUUGCUAACGGAUGCACAAAAUAAAUCGAGAUAAAGCACAUGUUUAGGCAGUGCUGGCUAGAAUGCAGUUCCGGGGGAGGAGCUUGGCUGUUCAGGCGCACGCUGCCUUUUUUCAUAACAGUGAAAGCACCUUCUGUUAACGAAAACAGGUAACUAAUGUAGGUCUUUCGUAACAGUGAGGUGUCGUAAAGCGAAUGUUUGGAAAACGGGGGCCACCUGUAUGGCAAUCCAGUUUUGGUUUCUUUAAGAGGUUUCAAACAUAUUUGAUAAAGACAAUGGUAGUCUUGACUUGCAUGGUCACACAGAAUCAGAAUCGGGUUUAAUAUUCAUUGUGAAGUUUGUUGUUUUGCAGCAGCAGAACAUUACACUACAUAAUAAAACAGGAAAUUGUAUGUAAUUUUGAACAGAGGCCGUGAGAGUAAGAAGACAUAGCUCACUUAAGUUCGCUGAUUUGAGUACACAAGGCAUCAACUCGUAGCAGUUCAACAUUUUGAACAGCAGCCUUUACUGGAGUAGACAGUGUUAGCUCUUCAAGGCUUCAGCCAGGAGAGUGACAGCAAAAAAGCUGAAGGUAGAUAUUUUUUCAGUUUACUUAUUGUUUCCUCCUUUAUAUUUCCUCAGAACAGUAGGGGUGCCAGGCAGGAUAGUGGAAUCCUCCUUUUGUGGGAUAAGACCAUAAGAUAUAGGAGCAGAAUUAGGCCAUUUCUGUAGCUUCUCUACGUCCUCAAAACUACCUGCCCCUCCACCUAUUGUCGUAUCCUCCACAAACUUGGACACAAAGCCAUCAAUUACUUCAUCCAAAUCAUUGACAUAUAAUGUACACCGUCCCCUGUGGAACACCACUAGUCACUGAUAGCCAACCAGAAAAGGCUCCCUUUAUUCCCAUAUAAAGUACACAGACCCCUGUGGAACACCACUAGUCACUGAUAGCCACUGUUUGCCUCCUGCCAACUCACCACUGAUUUAUCCAUGAUUUAUCAUUCCUGUAGUACCAUGAGUCCUUAACUUGUUUAGCAGCUUCAUGUAUGGCACCUUGUCAAAUUCCUUCUGAAAUUGCCUUUAAGGAAACCAUGCUGACGAUGGCCUAUUUUGUCGUGUACCUCCAAGUACCUCGAAACCACAUCCUUCACAAUUGACUCCCAACAUUUUCCCAACCGCUGAGCUCAAAGGUCUUAAGCUGGGCCAGAUGGCCUACAUCCCAGAGUGCUGAGAGAGGUUGCUGAAGAGAUAACAGAUGCAAUGGUCAUGAUCUUUCAAAAAUCACUUGAUUCUAGCAUGGUCCCGGAGGACUGGAAAAUUGCAAAUGUCACUGCACUUUUUAAAAAAGGGAAGAAGGCAAAAGACAGGAAAUGAUAGGCCAGUUAACCUAAUGUCAGUGGUUGGGAAAGUGUUGGGAGUCUAUUAUUAAGGAUGAGGUUUUGAGGUACUUGGAGACUUAAGGAUAUUGUUUGGAUUGAGGAGUAUGCCUUAUGAGAAUAGAUUGAGUGAACUUGGCCUUUUCUCCUUGGAGUGACGGAGGAUGAGAGGUGACCUGAUAGAGGUGUAUAAGAUGAUGAGAGGCAUUGAUCGUGUGGAUAGUCAGAGGCUUUGUCCCAGGGCUGAAAUGGCUAACACGAGAGGGCACAGUUUUAAGGUGCUUGGAAGUAGGUACAGAGGAGAUGUCAGGGGUAAGUUUUUUAUGCAGGGAGUGGUGAGUGCGUGGAAUGGGCUGCCAGUGACAGUGGUGGAGGCGGAUACGAUAGGGUCUUUUAAGAGAUUCCUGGAUAGGUACAUGGAGCUUAGAAAAGUAAGAGAGCUAUGGGUAACCCUAGGUAAUUUCUAAAGUAGGUACAUGUUCAGUACAUCAUUGUGGGCCAAAGGGCCUGUAUUGUGCUGUAGGUUUUCUGUGUUUCUAUCAGACUAAUGAUAAAAUAAGUCAAAAUCAGCAUGGUUUCUGUAAAGGGAAAUCUUGCCUGACAGAUCUGUUAGAGUCCUUCGAGGAUGUAACAAGCAGGGUGGACAAGGGAGAGGCAGUGGAUGUCAUUUACUUGGAUUUUCGGAAGGCAUUUGAUAAGGUGCCACACAUGAGGCUGCUUAACAAGAUAAAAUCCUGUGGUGUUGCAGGAAAGGUACUGGCAUGGAUAGCGGAAUGGCUGACAGGCAGGAGGCAGUGAGUGGCUGCUGUGACUAGUGUUCCUCAGGGGACAGUAUUGGGACUGCUGAUUUUCACAUUGUUUGUCAGAGAUUUGGAUAAUGGAAUUGAUGGUUUUGUGGCAAGUUUGUGGAUGAUACAAAGAUGGGUGGAACGAUUGGUAAUGCUGUGGAAGCAAUGCGAUUGCAGCAGGACUUAGAUACAUUGGAAGAGUGGGCAAAAAGGAUGGAAUACAGUGUUGGGAAAUGUGUGAUAAUGUAUUUUUGCAAAAGGAACAAUAGUGCAGACUAUUAUCUAAAUGGGGAGAAGGUUCAAACAUCAGAGGGGCAGAGGGACUUAGCAGUCCUUGUUCAGGACUCCCAGAAGGUUAAUUCACAGGUUGAGUCUGUGGUAAAGAAGGGAAAUGCAAUGUUGGCAUUUAUUUCAAGUGAAUAGAAAAUAAAAGCCAGAAGAUAAGGCUGAACCUUUAUAAGACACUGGUCAGGCUGCACCAAGUACUGUCAACAGUUUUGGGUCCCAUAUCUCAGAAAGGUUUUAUUGUCAUUGGAGUGUGACAGGGUGCUGAAUUACCUCUAUGAACUGUGCUUUUGAAAAGAGAGAGAGAGUUAUUUAACACCGACAUGUUGUUUUAGAAGGAGAGAGAGAGAUGAAGACUGCUCACGGGUUGUUUAUACUUUCUCCAAGGAUAUCGCCAUCUUGUGCAUUUCUUACACAGACAGAGAAAGGCAGAGUUAUUUGAGAGACAGUUGGUGCUCAGCACAGGAAGAUAAAAUAGAAGGUCAGAUCAUAGACCGGAGGCGCAUGUUUUGGACACUGAAUGAGCUUUGUUGUGCCCGCAGAAAAACUGGGUUUUUGGAGGAUUGAUCAGGCAGAUCAAUCAGUGGCUCUUGCAGUGAAAAGAAAAGGCCGUGACCGGUGGGAAGUUGUCCAUGUGUCCACCCUUGCCUGGGUGAUAGCUCCACCACAGAAAACCGGUCCCCUUUGUUGUGGUCACAGUCGGUGACUUUUAAAGGAUUUCGGAGGACAACGAGAAGGUCAAUGAUGUCAGCUCACCUGAAGACUCAAAUCUCUCCCCCCCUCUCUCUCUCUCUCCAUCACUACUCAACUCAAUACCACAAACUGAACUGAACUUUACUCAUCAUCGUAAGACUGUAUCUUUUUACCCCUAGACUUGAAGCUUGGUUUAUCAUAUAUAUUUCCACACUUACUGAUUUACUUAUGUAUAUAAAAUCAUUGCUAACCUGUUUGAUUUAUCUACAUUUAUAUUACUGUAUUGUGUAGUUACUAAUAAAUAUUAUUAG